AUGAUGUUGAGGGAGCAGAAGAAGGAGAAGCUUGAAGCUUCACUCUUGGCUGAUGAUGAUGGUGGCAUUGGGAAUUCCAGAAACAGGGGAGGGAUCACUGUUGCUCUGCUUUCCUACUGUUUCCUGGCACUUUUUGUCUCCUUAACAUGUGUUGGGCUGAUACUGCGAGGCAAUUCAAGUUUUUUGGCUGUGAGUUUUGAAAACAGCAAACCGGAGUUUGGAAAUUCUGGGGUGGUUGAGUCUGAUAAAGCAGUCGUUGCAGCUGACGAUGGCCGUUGCUCAGAAAUUGGAGUUUCAGUGCUGGAGAAAGGUGGACAUGCUGUUGAUGCUGCAGUUGCAACUGCAGUCUGCCUUGGGGUUGUCAAUCCAAUGGCCAGUGGUAUAGGAGGGGGAGGUUUCAUGGUUGUUCAUUCUUCAUCUGGCCCUGGAGCAUUAGCAUUUGACAUGAGAGAAACUGCCCCUUUAGCUGCUUCACAGGACAUGUAUGAGGCAGAUGGACAAUCUAAGUAUGAUGGACCUUUGUCUAUGGGUGUCCCUGGUGAGCUAGCUGGGCUUCAUGAGGCUUGGUUGAAGUACGGGCGAUUGCCUUGGAAAUCUUUAUUUGAACCUGCCAUCAAACUUGCUAAAGAAGGGUUCGUGGUUGCUCCAUACCUCGGAAAAUCCAUUGCUAGUAAUGCGGGAUUAAUAUUAUCUGACCCUGGCUUACAACAGGUUUAUGCACCAGCUGGAAAACUGCUGAAAGCUGGUGACAUAUGCUACAAUGUGAAACUAGGUCUAAGCCUUGAGGCAGUAGCAGAACAAGGCCCUGUCGCCUUCUAUAAUGGAACUGUUGGAGAAAUGCUUGUCAAUGAUGUCCAGAAAGCAGGUGGGAUUUUAACAAUGGAGGAUUUGAGGAAUUAUAGGGUGAAUGUCACGGACGCCGUUGCUGUCAAUACUAUGGGCUACACAAUUUUAGGAAUGCCACCCCCAUCAAGUGGAACAGUGGGAAUGUCUCUGGUGCUGAACAUCCUAAACAGUUAUGGUAGUUCAGAAGCUGCAAAGGGUUCUUUGGGUUUACAUCGCAUGAUCGAAGCAUUGAAAUUCAUGUUUGCUCUCCGUAUGAAUCUGGGUGACCCUGACUUUGUAAACAUCAGUAAGACUAUCUCUGAGAUGCUCAGCCCAGAAUUUGCAAAAGGAAUUCGAGAACGGAUAUUUGACAACACCACUUUCCCUCCUGAGUACUACAUGCACAGGUGGAGUCAGCUGCGAGAUCACGGAACCAGCCAUUUCUGUGUUGUGGAUGCAGAUCGAAAUGCAGUAUCAAUGACUACAACAGUUAACUAUCCUUUUGGUGGUGGAGUACUGUCUCCUUCUACUGGCAUUGUGCUGAACAAUGAGAUGGGUGAUUUUUCGAUACCUACAGAAGUAGUUCCUGAUAAACUUCCUCCUGCUCCAACUAAUUUUAUUAAACCAAAUAAGAGACCGUUAUCUUCCAUGAACCCGAUUGUGGUUCUUAAGGAUAAUCAGCUAGCUGGGGUGAUUGGUGGUAGUGGUGGCAUGAACAUUAUUCCAGCAGUUCUGCAGGUCUUCAUCAACCAUUUCAUCCUGGGAAUGCAACCUCUAGAGGCUGUGCAAAGUCCUAGAGUUUACCACAAGCUGAUCCCAAAUAUCGUUUUGUAUGAGAACUGGACGAUUAUCGAUGGCGAGCACAUUGAACUCUCUGAAGAAAAGAGGCACUUCUUAGCAGAGAGGGGUCACCAGCUAAAGGCUCAAUCAGGGGGUGCAAUUUGCCAACUUAUAGUUCAAACCUUUCAGAGGCCAAUCAAUUCUGGCAGGAAACUAGGAAAGAUAUCAAACAAUGGGGUCCUCGGGAUGCUGACGGCAGUAAGUGAUCCUAGAAAAGAUGGGAGGCCGGCAGCUAUCUGA